AUGAUCGACCUAAAAGAAGAAGCACCGCAAAACAAAAUCUCUGCUUUUUCUCCGACCACAGCCUCCGCCGCUAUGAAUUCCGAAGUUGAAGAACCACCGCAGAAGAAGGGGAAGACAACGUUUUCGUCUCUUCCUGAGGAAAUCGUCGUGGAACUAGAAGAAGAAGCACCGCAAAACCAAAUCUCUUCUUUUGCUCCUUCCACCGCCUCUGGCUCCGCUAUGAAUUCCGAUGUUGAACCACCGCGGAAGAAGAAGACAACAACGUUUUCGUCGCUUCCAGAAGAAAUCGUCGUAAGCUGCUUAGCCCGCAUAUCCAAAUCGUACUACCCGCAACUCUCCCUAGUCUCCAAGAGCUUCUGCUCUAUCAUCUCAUCCAAGAAGCUCCGUCUUGCGCGAAAGCACUUGGAAAGAAGGGAAAAAGUACUUUACGUCUGCUUAAAGAUUCCCGAUCGUCUUCCCUCAUGGUUCAGCCUCUGGAUAAAACCUGAUCAAACCCUAACCAAUGAUAAGAACAAGUCGCCAACCAGAAACACCUUGUUGGCACCUGUUCCUUCUUCAUAUACUCGUUGGGAACCAUCAACGUUCAUCGGUAAGGUUAGUUCGGAAAAAUAUAAAAUACUGGGACAAUACAGAUCUUCGACGACGACGCUACCCAACCACCUCGAGAUGAAGGUUCGCAAUGAUGGGGUUAACAAUGCAUGGCGUAAAGCGCCUAGCAUGAGAGUGGCUCGAGAGAAGACGCUCGCCGUCGGGGGCGUACUCGAUGAGAAAAUAUAUGUAAUGGGUGGUUGCAAGGCAAAAGAAACCGCGAACUGGGCUGAGGUUUUCGACACAAAGACUCAAACUUGGGAAGCUUUACCUGACCCUGGCGCUGAGCUCCGCUCCUCUUUACUUAAAUCAAUGAGAAUGAUCGAGGGAAAGGUUUACGUUGAGAGUAGCGUGGAGGAUGAUUGUUAUGUUUAUGAUCCGAAAGAAGGUAGAUGGGACGUUGUAGCAAAAGCAUUAGUGGAUGAUGAGAGAACAAAGUGUUACAUAGAUGUUUGGUACUCUUGUACCACACAAGGCUGCUUUUGGUAUGAUGAAAAGCGUAAAAAGUGGAGAGUUAUUAAGGGUUUGGAGGAAUUUGAUAGGAAUGUUCGUGGUGGUGGUGUUAUUGCAUUAGCUAAAUACUGUGGGAAAUUCUUGAUCAUAUGGGACAAGUUUGAGAAGCCUGGGGGUGAAUGUCCAAACAAGAACAUUUGGUGUUCCGUGGUUCAGUUUGAAAGAAGCAAUGAUGAUGAUGAAGUUAGGGGAACUGUUGAGUGGUCUAGUGUUGUGCUUACGGUUCCUAGUUCAUACGAUUUCUUGCGUUAUGAAGUGCACUUGGGUUGA